CUCCGAGAGCGACCGCGAGGGCUACGCGGCGGCCGCAGCCAUGGGUGCUGGGCCUGCGGGGGCGCGGGGGGUGCGCGAGGACCUGCGGGGCGGGGCGGGAGAGAAGGCUGCCGGGACCGGCCCUAGACACUGAGCCGCGGUGGGAUCCCCACCGGCUCUGCGAGGCCCUGCGAGCGCCAGGGAGGCGCCUCGAGGGAGCCGGGCAGCCGUCGGCCACUUCAGGGGGGCCCGCCUCGCCGCCCGGGCGGUCGAGAGAGCCUUGGGGGCACAUCUCGGGGUGCGGUGACCCGCCCGGCGCAUUUCGGGGGUCGGGGCGCAUUUGCCAGGGGACAUCUGGAGCCCGGCCCUGCUUCUGUCGGGCUCCAGGGUACCCCUGGAUGGCUGCGCUGUGCCCUCGCCGGCCGCCCGGGCGCCGCAGCGGCUGAGUUCGCCGGGAUCGCCAGGCCGCCGCCCUUGCCACCCGCUGCAUGCUCGGCGCCCGGGUCGCGGCCCACCUGGACUCACUGGGCCCCCUGGUCCCCUACGUGCCGCCGCCGCUGCUGCCCUCUAUGUUCUACGUGGGCCUGUUCUUCGUCAAUGUGCUGAUCCUGUACUACGCCUUCCUCAUGGAGUACAUCGUCCUCAACGUGGGCCUCGUCUUCCUGCCCGAGGACAUGGACCAGGCGCUCGUGGACCUCGGCGUGCUCUCCGACCCCGGCUCGGGCCUUUACGAUGCUGACUCAGAGCUCGACGUCUUUGAUGCGUACUUGGAGUAGGGUCUCGACUGCUGUUCCCCUCUUCCCUACACGAUCCGCAACCCACGCCCUGGACCGGCCGCCCAGAUCAUGCCGCCGCAGCUGGUUGGGGGCACCAUCUGGACGAGGAUGGUUCCCCAGGAGGAGACCCUCCCCUGCCUCCGAGGCCUGGACAUGGACCUGUGCAGAGACAGGCAGCUUCUCCUUUGCCGUCGGUCUCCUUCCGGCCACCAGGAGACAGCCAGACCCCAGCCAUGCCUUCAUUCUGAGAUAAGUAGAGACGCGGUUUCACCAUGUUGGCCAGGCUAGUCUCGACCUCAUUUCGCCAUGUUGGCCAGGCUGGCCUCAAACUCCUGAUCUCAACUGAUCCACCCACCUUAGCCUCCCAAAGUGUUGGGAUUACAGGUGUGAGCGACUUUGAAAAGAAAAACUAUAUUACUGCCAGAAAUGGAAACUUGGCAUCACUUGCUGUAAAUAGAAGACCUGCUCCCCUCAAAAGCUUCGUGCCAACAGAGAGGUUCCUGUUUGAACCCAGGAGAGUGGAAGAGAGAUUGGGACUGAGUGCUGAGGUUGGGAAGGCACCUGCUCCCACAGAAGGGGGAACGCAAGGGGCGUCCCAAGACCUCAUCUGCCUGCAGUAUCAAAUCGAUGGCCUGGCCUUGGCUUCUGAUUAUUUGCAACUGCGAUGGAUGUUUACAGGAACCCAGCCAGAGUUUGCCUCCCUGCACUUCAUCCCGGAGCGCACCUGCUUCCCCCACUUCAUCUUCGGAGAGGACACUUCAAACUGCGGACACAUGCAAAAGCGACUCCCAGCUCCGUUUGAUGUGAGUUGAGCCUUCAGGCCAGCUGGGUUUAGCCCGAGGCUGGUCUUAGAUGCAGCGACUGUUUCAGGGAGUGACUCAGAAGAAAAAGAAGCUGAGGAAGCUGUUGGGGGGCUGAGGGUGGGAUUCUCGCUUCUUCAUUUCAGGUUACUCGUUCUUCAGCAAGUUGGCAAAACAGACAUCAUGCUGGUGAGUGCCACAUUACUCCCCUGGCUGGAAAUGCUUUUCUGAAAGUAUGAGUGUUGUGCCUACUUAGUUCUGAUAAACCUGUUUAAGCAAUACUUAGGAGGCUGACUUCUUUGGAUUAAAAAAAUGUAUGCAACUCCAA